AGUGUAUUUUGUGUCCCUAAAUGAUGACGCAUGCAUCGUCAUUUUCAAUCGUCAAACGUUCUUCAGUUGUGUAAUUUUUUUUGCUGCGACAAGGGAAAAAGUUCACAACAGAUUAGGGUCCACGCAACAUGUCUCUCUUACGUGUUUGCUGUACUACGGCUAGAGGUUUUGUAAAGAGAGGAUUGUUAUUACAGUCGACUUAUACUGCAUGUCCCGGGACAGCAGGAUACGCGUCUGGUGGUGUGACCAAAGAUAAAGAACCGUUAAAGAAAGCGAAAACGCCCCAAGGACGCUUUGACAUGGAGGAAACUGAGUCCAAAUCUAAAGAUGUUUUAGAACGAUUUCCAGAUGAUGUGAAUCCAGAAACUAAGGAGAAAGGUGGUCCCAGAGGUCCUGAACCUACACGAUAUGGUGACUGGGAAAGGAAGGGACGUUGUAUUGAUUUUUAGUUUGCCCUGCUAAAAAUAUCCAAAUGUAUUUAUUUUAACAAUUGAAUGUGAUGAAUACUACUGCAUACAGAUACAAAAAGAUAAUUUCUGGACCAGAAAUGUGUAAGUGUUUCACGAUUGUAUGGGCCUACUAUGUAGAAUGAAUAGUUUGUGUAAAAGUAGUUUGAACUACUUGAAAGGUUCUGUUCAGCCUUUAAUGGACAUUUUGAAAAUAAUCUAUUAUUGGCAAUCUAAUGUUUUUAUUCUCUUUGAAAGUGUGUAACACAAAUGUCUGGAAGGCCUGAAAGAUCUGUUCAAAGAAUAAACAUAUUCAAUGCAA